GUGGAACAAUCUUGGACUCACCCAUUUCCGAUAUCUAAUUGUAAUUUUCCUCAUGACUUUUCCGUUGUUAAAAGCGACUGUAAUGUCUGGUUUGAGAGACUUCAGCAAACAUUUAUUUCAAAAACUAAGCAGCCGUGAUUCCCAAAGAAAUCGUGUGCUGUCGCCUUUGCCCUUAGCUGCUGGAUUAGUUUUACUACGCUAUGAUGGUAAUCCACUAAGUGCAUUAGAAAUAGGUGAAGCUUUGGAGUUGAUACAUGAACCUAUUGAAAAAAUAGUAGAAACUUAUACAAUUGUAUAUGACAAAAUGAACAAUAACUCCUUAAUUUCUACAUCAAAUCAUGUAUCAAUACGUAUAAAUGGACAAGAACAUAUAGGUAGUAACAUGACGAUAGGUGAAAUUAUCGAUCAAUGGAGAAGUUUUCAUGUAUGCUAUAAAGCUAUACAGGUAGCAGUAGCUAACGAAAAACCGGAAAUACAUCUGUUUUCGUAUGCUAAUUAUCAGAAUAAAUUUCAUUAUGAGGUUUCCAUAGGUGAAGCAUUACGUUUCGUCGAUAUUAAUGGGAAUGGAAGAACAAUGACAUCGUUACAACAGAUAGCAAUAUUGCGCUUUGGAGUCAUUGGCCCUUUAAAAGCUACAGUCGUUGAAGUGCCUACCAGUGAUGAAGACACUUUGUUGUAUAUUAUAUAUCCUUUUAAAUCCGAAAAAGGUAUACUUGAAGUAGAAAAAAACUUACGAAAAUUUCCUUUCAGCGUUAUUAAAACAUAUUUAAAAAAUACUAAACUAAUUUUGAUACUGCCAAAAAUCGAAUUGAGAGCACAAGUACCGUUAAAGCAAACAUUAAAAUCUAUGGGCAUGCGGCAAAUGUUUAAUGAUAUGUGUAAUCAUAUAGAAGGAGUUCCGGUAAAAGUUAUGAAAAUCUUAUCAGCAGCUUCCUUUGUUAUGGAUGAAAACAGUGAAGGAGUUAAACAUCCUAUCAGUGAAGACGCACAACUUGUUGCUAAACUUCCAAAACUUAUAGUAAAACAUCCAUUUAUAUUUUAUGUUACAUCUAAAGAACAUGAGAUAUAUUUUGAGGGAAAAAUUACCAAACAAGUUGGGUAAAAAUGUUAACGAACAACUGUCUAGAAAUAUAUAUA